AACAAACUUUUCAAGCUUUCUGUCAUUGAUUAACAUUUCCAUAGAUCACAUCACUGAUGGGCUGAUGUUUUCAUUAUUGCACCGUUAGAUGUAAAGCAACCAAGGAUGAAAUUCAGACAGAGGAUUGCCUGGUUGAUGGUUGUUUUCUUCCUAGCUGGUUCAUUUUCUGUGCUGUAUUAUUUGUUUGAAAUUAGUGAACACUACAACCAGUUUGCCCUAGAACACAUAAACACCUACCACAAACCUGUCCAGGUCGAGGCCGUUUUCAACCAUAAAGGAGAAAUUAAAAAGGCAGAACCAGUUGAUGUUGAGAAAGGGGAGAUAACCAGUACAGGAUCAGCAUGGCACCAUAUCAUAGACGUUCCAAUGGUUGUGUGGUUUGUGCUGUUUCUCCUGCCUUACUUACAGAUAUUUUUUAUGAUUCUGGCAUGUACAAAAGCUGAACCUAAAAUGAGCAUGGCUUUUCAAUGGCCUUGCUUAAUAUAUUUGAAGUACAAAAAAUUUAUCAAUGGUUCUGCAGACAAGUCCUAUAGUAUGGGGGUUAAUUCAACUGUACAAACAAAUGGACAUAUGGUCUUCAAUACAUGACUUGGAGUGAGACAGUUACACCAGCUACACUGUGAUAUUAUUCGGAGCGUCAU